AUGGCAAGCUCCUCUUCACAGGAAACGGCAUGCAAAGUUCCAGCCACACGACUGGCGAGCAGCAAGGCCCCGUCCAAGGCUCCCACAGCAACAUCAAAGGCACCUAAAGAUACGCCCGCCGCCUCCACCGGGAAGCAAACGACGCUGCCGCGUAGUUCAGCAACAAAGACCAAUCUAUCGCUCCAGUUGACGCCAUCGACACGAAAGAAAGGCGGGGGCUCGUCACCCCCUGUUUACUUGACUUCACAAACAAAAACAGUCACACCAACGCCGGUGCUCGCUACGCCCUCAGAGGCCCCCCCGGAUGAAUCCUUGCAGGUAGCGACGCAUGAUUGCCUACAUACUCCUAUUGGGCCACCACGAGAGAUGCACCAGAUGCCGGAGAACAAGGAUGGGCAGCAGAAGGAGAGCGCCACGGAUGCAGAGCACUCCGCGGCGAAUGCGAAAGUACACGUGGAGGAUGAUGCUCCUCCACCAUUGCAGGCAUCCACUCCACCCUCAGCGGCGGAACCCGGCAAUGAACGACUGUGGCAGGCCGUGGAAAAGGGACGGCACAAUAGUGACUUCACGGGAAAAGAGGGUGUCAUUCAGCAACUGAUUAAGGCUGAAGAACGCAUUGGCGAACUUUCUCUGGAGGUAGCAAGGCUAAAGAAGGCAAUGAACCCAGAUGGAAACCCGAUAUUUUUCCGCCAUACUUUAUGGAUGGAAAGUGAGAUGGAAAAGCUGAAACGGGAGCUUAACCGAGAGCGAACAUCUACAAAGCACCAUCUCGAAGCCCACAGGAAGAGCUUGAUAGCGCUUAAUAAACUCCAGGAAGUCAUGGAUCCAUAUGGAGAUCGUGCCUCGCUGCUCCGCCGCAACACGGAGCUAGAAUGCCAGAUACGUGACAUGGCGAAGGAAGAAUUCGAGCACCGCCUUGCCAUCGCAGAACUACGGGAGGAGGUGGCCUUGAGGGAGACUCGGUACGGCAGUUGCUCCAGCGGCUCUGAAUACGUGACGGUGCGCCUAGCCAGUCUUUGCGGCCUCUGUCGUGAGAAGCUGGGGGCCGAGGCGGAUUGCCGUGUUGCACGUGGUCGUCUGGCGGAGCUCGCGGCGGCGAAGCCAUUGGGCGCCGUUCCACCGUCUCUCUCGGGCCCCUGGCCCCCGGAGGUGACGCGCGUGCCGCGGGAGCCACGCGGGCGGGCACCGGCAAUGCCGCCCCCGCCGCAGUCGGCCUGCAAAAUGGGCACCAGCGAGCCCUCAGCGACGCCCCAACGGCCCGGCGGCGCAGCCAGUAUGUGGAGAGAGCUCACGGCG